CAGAAUAUUUUGCCUCUUUUUUCAUUUCGUUGCUUCACUCAUCGCCAUCAGCCACACGUCCGCUUGUCUUGUCAUCCAUCUUGACGCUAGCCCGCGCCGAUACCGCUGGAAACAGUGGGGUUCGCUGAAUUUCGGAGCUUAAGCUUCCCAGCAAGACUACAGACGCUUGCACAUGCGACCUCUCCUCUCUGCGCUUGAAUCAUCAUUUUUGCAAUCUACCCUGCCAAACAAACGCUCAUCCACACACCCGAGCCGCCGCGCAUCUCGAUAUCCCGCGUACCGCUGCUCAAUUAUAUCGCUGCAUCACCAAACUGUCGCCGCUCUCCCCUUUCGCUGCCUUUGCCCGAUAAAAGCCCACCGACUCGAAGGCCUGCCCUCGUGCAUGGCGACAUAACCCACAAACGAUGCUUUCUCACACCUUGAGACAUGCCAGCCGGCAGUGCCAGCCUCUUGCGAGAUCAGUCUCGCCGGCGCAGGUUGCUGCCGUCCGCACAAUCACACAUUCGACGACAUGCCACUCACAACGGCGCCACUACGCUGCCGCCGCCACUGCAUCUGCGUCAUGGCGGCCCGUCUCUGUUCUCGACGACUGGGUUGCUCGUGAAGCACGGCCUAUCAGUCUGCGCCAACUCAUGGUCUUUGGCCGCUCCCUGACAGAGUCUCGCCUCAUCAGCUCAGCAAACUAUGUUCGCACCGAGCUGCCCUCCAGAUUGGCGCAUCGAAUCCGCGACAUGCAGCAGCUGCCGUACGUCGUCGUCACGAACCCGCACAUCAACGAAGUCUACGACCUAUACUACAACGCCUUUGACACAUUCCGCAAAAUCAAGGAAAUCAAAACGAUAGAAGACAAUGACAAGCUCUGCAGCAUCAUCUCAAAAACCCUCAAGAGCCACCUCACCGUGAUCCCCAAGCUCGCCAUGGGCAUCCUCGAAUGCGGCGGCCUCAUGAACCCGCAAGACCUCGACAAAUUCAUGAACACCAUUCUCAAAUCCCGCAUCUCCCGCCGUGUCAUCGCCGAGCAGCACCUCUCCCUCACCGAGACCUACAACUCCCCCAACUUCUCCCCCGGCGCCACGCUCUCCGAAUCCGACUUCAUCGGCGAAGUCUUCAUCAAAUGUUCCGCGCGCGACGUCAUCUCGCGCUGCGCCCGCGCCAUCACCGCCCUCGCCCGCUCCACCAACGGCCCUGACGUGCCCAUCCCAGAAAUCAAAAUCCUCGGCCACCUCGACGCCUCCUUCCCCUACAUCCUCUCCCACCUCGAGUACAUUGUCGGCGAGCUGCUCCGCAACUCCGUCCAAGCCGUCAUCGACCACCAGGCCAAGCAGGCCUCGCCCUCAGAGACCCCGCCCCCCAUCGAAAUCACCAUCUGCGAGGCCCAGGAGCACGUCAUCAUCCGCAUCUCAGACCGCGGCGGAGGCAUCCCCCGCGACGAGCUGCCCUACCUCUGGUCCUUCUCCAAGGGCCCGCAAUCACAAAACCGCCUCAAGAAUCUUGGCCAGGUCCCUCGCAUGGCAGCCACAAUGCAGGAGCUACAUAUCGAAGAGGAGCUCGGCCGCGCAGACCUCAAGACACCCUUGUAUAACCAGGAGAGCUUCUCGUCGCCGAAAACGCCGCGGACCCAGGAAGGCUCUCUCUCAACAUUGACCAGCCGUCCGCCUAACUUGCGUCUGGGCAUGGGUCUGCCGUUGAGCAGGGUCUAUGCAGAGUACUGGGCCGGCAGCCUCAAUCUCCAUAGCUUGGAGGGCUACGGCGUCGACGCUUUCCUGCAAAUCUCCCGCUUAGGCAACAAGAACGAGCAGCUCACCACAAGAGCUAGCAUGGAUGCCGUAUAAGCAAUCAUUAUAGCUGCUGGGACAACAUUCAUGCAAACAUGACGGAAUAAUCUGUCAGCUCAAAAAAAGCAAGCACAUUAAGCUCUAUGGGGCAGCCUUUGCUUUUUCUUCUUUCACAUACCCAAUUUAACCACAUCUGUGUAAUUACGAUCAAGGAGUUUUUUCUUUUAAUUUUCCAGCAGGCGAUUGGAGCAUCCGAGGGGCGGAGGCUCGUCAUCUAUUGUUACUGUUUAUUGCAAAUCAUUGUGCCUUUUAUAUAUAUCUUUGACAAUUUCUUUCGGGGAGCAUGUAUUAGCGGGUGAAGAGGGGCUUCCAUGUUUAAAAAGAGGUCAUGUUUUUUUUGGUGCUUUGGGUAACAGCUGAAAUAAAAUAAAAAAAAGGCUACAUUAUCACACCUUGCACUGCACUUCCUGUUCGUUAAAGAGUUCCAUAACUUUUUGGUUGGCUCGCUUCCCAUGAUGCCCGUCCAUGCCACACUCGCCUCCUACUGUCAUCAUAAGAGGCGGGGAGCGGGAAAUCGUGCAUCUCUUUUUGCGUAUUCCCCCCAAGUUCAUCAUUGCCGCAUUCCCCCAAUCGUGCGACUGAAAAAAAAGCAGUAAACAAUGGUAAUUACAGCCCACUACGGGCCAAGCAACGCAAUUUGACUGGGCUUAACGACGGCCGUGGCUGCGCAUAGCACUACCUUGCAUGUUGUCGAGUUCGCCCUCAAGCUGCUUGAUCUGAGCAUGGGUCUGCUCAAGAUCCUUGUUGAGACGGUCACGCUCAGCAAUGAGCUUCUGCUCCCAUUGGCGGAAGCGCUGCUCCUCAAUCUUGACCUGCUCGGUGAAGCGCUUGCGAAGAGCCUCCUCUUCCUCCUUGAACUUGGGGUUGUCGAGCUUUCUGGGGCGAGCCUCGCCAAACUUACGGGUCUCCAUUUGCUGAGCGCGGUAGGCCUCGUAGUGAAGCUCCUCAGUGGUGUGGAUGAGAUCGAGCAUGUGAGUUCGGAUGAGGAUGGAUCGAAUCUUCUUGAAGUCGCAGUGGUCCUCGUUCUCGACCUCAGCAACACCCCAAGAGUAUUGGCGACCCUUGACGAUACGGCCGUCGCUGGUCUUGACAUCCUUCUCAGAGCCAAUGACGGCGAAGGGCAUGGCGGCCAUCAAGCUGCGCGCAUGCUGAGCGGCAGCAUCGUCAUCCUCCUCGACGGGGGGCUGGUAAAUCUUGAUGUUUUGAGCCUCGAUAACGGCGGCAACCUAUUUCAAGAGAUUGUAAGUAUGUCAAUUUUGCAACCAACAGUGGCUACUAUAUCAUUAUAGCAUAGUCGGGGAAAACUUACGCGCUGCUUGAAGCGGGCCAAGUCAGAGGGGCUGAGAGUAUCAGCCUUGGCAAUGACAGGAAUCAAGUUGACGCGGGAGCAGAGUCUCUUCAUGACUUCGAUAUCAAGAGGCUUAAGAGUGUGACCAGUGGGGCGGAUGAAAUACAAGCAGGCGUGAACGCGGAGAUCAAUCUUCUCCUGACGCUUAGGCUGCUGCUCCUGAAGCAUGUAAGACUCGUGCUGGUCGUCGAGGAACUCGAUAAUGGGCUGCCAAGAAUCGCGGUUGUUGACAUAGUCGCCGAAGCCGGGGGUAUCAAUGACGGUCAGGCGGACUGGGGGAGUGUUAGUCUUGCCAAACUAAACCAAAGAGGCGGUGGGUUGUGUGCUUACCCUUGAAGAACUUCUCCUCGAGCUCGGCCUUGGUGAUUUCAAUCUCAACGGUCUUGUCGACCUGCUUCUGGUGUCGGCGCUUGUGGUCGGCAUAGUUCUUGAUGGUGGUGGAGAAGAGGGUGUUGAUAAAGGUAGUCUUGCCGAGACCAGAUUCACCAGCAACCUAUUGAGAGCAGUUGGUUAGCAAGCGUUGAAUAUAUGAGGCGGCU